CUUUCUCCCAAAGAAUAUAUAAAUGCUUCUUCCCUGGUGAGGUUGAUUGAAGGCUUUUUCUGCUUAGCAUUCGAUAAUACCUUGGAGACAGCAAACGAUGGUUUGCAUUGGCAUCAUUCGCUCAUUACUCUGGGUCCUUUGGAGGCAUCCAACGGAGUUGUUCAUCCGCUUGUUCUUCGGUGCAAGUUUGGAGGAAAGGUUAUACAGGUAUUACAUUUCAUACCACACCAUAAUAGUCCAAAUGUUUGUUAGCAACUUUGGUUGGUUUGAAUUCUUCCUCCUGUGGUGCGUAUGGCUGAUAUCUUGCGCUUUAUUCUUUGUAUACUGUGUGCAAAGGCUGGCUGCUCUACAGAGGAUGAACGCUAUCUUUGAAGAGCUCUUGGGAGAACCGUCGCAGACAUUGGCAUGCCCAUUCAUCUCCAAAACUUCAUACUUGAGAGCCCUUUCACAGUGCUUCAAAGUGGCAAAGUGCCACAGGCAUCCAGACUGCUCCAUCUAUGAAUAUUGGUAUGUGUUUAACAACGAAGGACGCUCUGAGUUGCGAAAGCUCUUCUCCUCGCACGAGCCGUCGUUGGAGCGAGAUAGGUAUCUCUAUCUCACUCCAAGGCUCUUUGGACAUGAAGCCAUUGCUGAGACAAUGACAUGGACUUUCUGGUCAACAAUGGUUACGACUCAUGGUGAUAUUGAGCAAGCGUGUGAGUCCAAUGCCAUAGGCUUGGAUGAUGAGUAUGGGAAACAACAAGACUCUGUCAAAGCAAGCUCAAUUGACAAGGAAGCAGUACAGAAACAUCUACUAUUGACGUUUAUCAAGAAAGCACUUUCCAACCAUGGUGCUUUUGAGGAGCUUUCCCACUCUUUACAGUCCAAGAAAUGUUCAAUAACCGACAAAGAAGGGCUUACGUCAGUGUGGAAAGGACUAAUAUGA